CAAAUCUCAUCACACUAUUUCAAUCUCACUUCAUCUGCUACACACACACACAGUCACACACACAAAUCGUUGAUUUCAAUCAUGGAUCCCUCGUCGCACCUGGAGAAAAUGGGCAGAGAACUCAAAUGCCCUAUCUGCUUAAGUCUGCUUAAUUCCGCUGUUUCGCUCACUUGUAACCACGUCUUUUGCAAUGAAUGUAUUCAAAAAUCGAUGAAAUUGGUUUCGGAUUGCCCUGUGUGUAAGGUUCCUUAUCGACGUAGAGAGGUUCGUCCUGCUCCACACAUGGAUAACUUGGUGAAUAUUUACAAGAGCAUGGAAGUUGCUUCUGGUGCAAACAUUUUUGUUAGCCAAUCUGCGCCUUCGAAAAAGUUGUCUGGUGAAGAGAACCAGCUUGAAGCUGAUGAGGUAGUUGGAAAAGGCAGCAAGCCAGUUAACCAGAAAAAGCCUAAAGGAAAAAGGUCAAAAGGGCACUCUACAAAUUCUAGUUCAGAUACCAUGAGACCUUCAUUUCCAUCAAAUAAAAGGAUUCAAGUGCCACAACAUCCUCUUCCCGAGACUCCAACGCAACCUAUAAGACUGGAAAUUGAUUUAGGGAAAGAAACUCUAACUGAACCUCAGAGAAGUGCAGAUGUAAAGGAGGCUGGGUCUCAUUUAGACAAAAAAGAGAAUCAGGGUUUUUGUCCAUUUUUCUGGUUGCAAAAUGAAGAGGAUGCAGAAAAAUGUACUGCACUUACAGUUGAAGACACUGUCAUGGAUACACCUCCAGAUAUUCCAUGUUUCAGUGACCUUAAGGAUGCUGAUGAUGAGGUGCAGUGUAAUAUGACUCCCAAAAAAGGCACGUCAGUUACGUCUCAUAAUCCUGAUCUUUAUGAUAGUGAGAUGUUUGAGUGGACGCAAAGGGCUUGUUCUCCUGAGCUCUGUUCCAGUCCUACAAAAUUGCAGGUUGAAGAAACUGACCGGCACAAUGAUAUGGGAGAAGAAACUAUAGCUGAAAACAUAUUUAUAAAUAUGGACAAUAAAUCUUAUAAUGCAGAAAUCACAAAUUCCCAGAAGUGUGCAAAUAACAUGAUAGCAGAAACAGGUGCUUUGGCAUGCUCUGAUGUGGACUAUAAUGGCAACAACGCAAGAGCUACAAGACACAAAAAGAGAAGCAAGAAAGCACGCAAAUGCAAUCAAAUCAAGCGAGCAAAGCUUAAGGAAAGCAAUAAAAUACUUGAGAGUGUAGCUGAAGAUAGUGGUCAAAGGGAAAAUGUUGAUACUGUAGGCAACCAUGCAAAUAUGUCACAUGUGGAGGGAAAGUUUAACAUCAGAACAAAUAAGAUUUGUCCUUCUCUGAGUGCUACAGCAUCAAUGCCAGUGAAUGACUCCACUUUGGCUAAGGUGGUAAAAUCUUCAAAGAACAUUAGUAGCAACAUGCUUGUUGUUGACUUGUUUCCUCCAUUACAUGAUAUAGAUGGCAGCAGUGAGAGCAAAAGAAAUAAGCAAAGAAAGAAAGCAACGGGAACCUGUAUUGAUCCUAAGGAUUUAGCUGAGCACAGCAGUCAAAACCAAAAUCUGGAUACGGUAAUCAAGCCGAUCAACACAUCAAAUUCGUGUAAACCCAAAAGAAGUAUUGAAAAAAUAUUUAGGGUUCCUGUUGCCACAAAGACAUUAUUAGGAAAUGCCUGUAUUUCAAUGGAGGGGGUAGAGGCUACACAUCAGGCUGAUAAGAGAAAAGCUGUUGCUGAUGCAUUUGUUCCACUAAAUGAGAAAGAAGGCAUCAGUACAAGCCGAAAUUUGAAGAGAUCUGCCAAACAGAAUACCAGUAAUAAAAAACUUGAAAGAAAUUUCAAUAGAAGGUCAAAAGUGCCAAAAACGACCCCUAAUUUAGAUGCCACAGUUCGUCAAAUAGAAACUGAUUUGGGUUCAGGUGGGGGAACAGUAGCUAGUGGGAGUAUGGUAGACUCAAAAACCCGUGAUCAACUGAACGGUACAAAGGUGAAUUGUGUUCCAGCUGAUAACCCGAAGGUUAUAGUACCUAAUGAUUGUCAACAUAAUCAUGCAAAGGAUACUCAGUCAUCUGGAAAGCUAUAUGGUAAUUUGCCAGAAACGAAUACUGGGUUUUUGGGUAUGAACGGAGUUUUACGCAAAUGUGAUAAAGGGCCUAACAAUGUUCAGUGUUCGUUUUGUCAUUCUGUGGAAGACUCAAAGGCAUCGGGAGUAAUGGUGCACUACCUCAAUGGAAAACGUGUGAAAGUUGGUUAUAGCGAAGCAGGAAAUGUCAUACAUGUACACCAGAACUGUGCAGAAUGGGCUCCUAACGUAUAUUUUGAAGAGGAUGUAGCAGUUAACCUUGAAGCUGAAUUGACAAGAAGUAAAAGAAUUAAAUGUGGCUGCUGUGGACUAAAAGGGGCAGCUCUUGGGUGCUAUGAGAAGAGUUGUCGUAGAAGCUUUCAUGUACCCUGUGCAAAGUUAACUCCACAGUGUCGAUGGGAUCAUGAAAACUUUGUUAUGCUAUGCCCUCUCCAUGCCUCGUCCAAACUGCCAAAUGAAAUCUCUAAAUACCGAGCAGAACAAAAAGAAAAAUCCCUUUCCAGAAGACAGCUGCCCAUUAGCCAACCAAAAUCGGCAAUUAAACAGGAUGAUACCACACAUUCCCAAUGGAACUCUAAUGGUUUAUCAGCAAAAUUAGUUCUCUGUUGUUCAGCUCUUACCAUAGCGGAGAAGGAAAUUGUGUCUGAAUUUGAGAUGCUAUCUGGAGUUAAGGUCAUAAAGAAUUGGGAUUCUAGUGUAACCCAUAUUAUUGCAUCAACAGAUGAGAAUGGAGCAUGUAGAAGAACCCUCAAGUUUUUGAUGGGAAUCUUGGAGGGGAAGUGGAUACUAAAUAUAGAAUGGGUCAAAGCUUGCCUAAAGGCAAAUGAAAAUGUUGAUGAGCAGCAAUAUGAAAUUGAUGUUGACAUUCACGGAAUUAGAGGUGGUCCUAGACAAGGAAGAUUAAGACAUCUGAACAAGCAAGCUAAGAUUUUUGAUGGGUACAAGUUCUAUUUUAUUGGGGACUUCCAACCUUCAUACAGAGGGUUUCUACAUGAUCUUUUAAUUGCUGCUGGUGGAAGAAUUCUGCACAGAAAGCCAAUUGCAGGAGACAAUGAAGCUGUAUCAUCGACAUUCAUAAUUUAUAGCCUGGAGCUACCUGAUAAGUGUAACCCAAGCAAUAGAAUCUCAAUUGUCAACCGUAGGCGAACUGAUGCUGUGAAUCUAGCAAGUUCCUGUCAGGCUGUCGUGGCAACCAAUUCAUGGAUUCUGAACUCGAUUGCUGCCUGCAAGUGGCAAAAUCUUGCUGAAUAGAUUUACCGUAAGCAUUAUCAUUAUCAUUACUACACUUCUAGUCUGUUGUUGAUAGGGUUUUCAUGUUGGGUGAAUAACAGUAUUAUCUAUUUCAACAUGUUUAAGUUAAGUUUUUAUGAAUAUAUAUAAAAAAAAUGUUCAGACCAA